CAACAUGGCGGCGCCCAGGCUUUCGGGGACACAAUGACGUUUACCGAGUUCCUGCUGUGCGCCAGGCGCUCCGGUCUGGGACCUCAAGCAGACGACAGUUUUCUGGGCUAGCCCGACACCCAAACAGUAUUGCCAUGGACAGCAACAGUCAAAGUAAUUACAAACUCAGUAAAACCGAGAAGAAGUUCUUAAGGAAACAGAUUAAAGCCAGGCACACUUUGCUGAGACAUGAAGGCAUUGAGACAGUAUCCUACGCCACUCAGAGCCUGGUUGUCGCCAAUGGUGGGUUGGGUAACGGUGUGAGUAGGAACCAGCUGCUCCCAGUGUUAGAGAAGUAUGGGCUGGUGGAUGCUCUCCUAAUGCCACCUCAUAAGCCUUACUCAUUUGUGAGAUACAGAACUGCAGAAGAAGCCAAGAAAGCCUAUGUCACCCUCAACGGAAAAGAAAUAGUGGAUGAUUUAGGACAAAAGAUCAUUCUGUACUUGAAUUUUGUGGAGAAAGCACAGUGGAAAGAGUUGGGGCUUCAGGCCUUACCUCCAGGCCUCAUGGUAGUAGAAGAAAUUAUUUCAUCUGAGGAUGAGAAAAUGCUUUUGGAAAGUAUUAACUGGACAGAGGAUAUAGAGAAUCAAAAUGUUCAAAAAUCCUUGAAACACAGGAGAGUAAAGCAUUUUGGUUAUGAAUUCCACUAUGAGAACAACAAUGUAGAUAAAGACAUGCCAUUACCUGGGGGUCUUCCUGGCAUUUGUGAUAGCCUUCUGGAGAAAUGGUUGAAAGAAGGUUUCAUUAAACACAAACCCGAUCAGUUGACUAUAAACCAGUAUGAACCUGGACAUGGAAUUCCUGCUCAUAUUGACACACAUUCUGCUUUUGAGGAUGAGAUUGUUUCUCUCAGUUUGGGGUCAGAGAUUGUCAUGGAUUUUAAGCACCCAGAUGGUGUCACAGUGCCAGUUAUGUUGCCUCGUCGGAGUUUGCUGGUGAUGACUGGAGAAUCUAGAUACCUCUGGACACAUGGAAUCACACCCAGAAAAUUUGAUACUGUUCAAGCAUCCAAGGGUCCCCAAAGUGGAAUUAUCACCAGUGAUGUUGGAGACUUAACUUUAAGCAAGAGGGGAAUGAGGACAUCAUUUACAUUUAGGAAAGUGAGGCAAACGCCUUGUAAUUGUAGUUACCCUUUGGUCUGUGACAGCCAGAUGAAGGAGACCCCUCCAUCAUUUCCAGAGAGUGCUAGGGAAGCCUCACAGCUGGAGCAAGACUAUGUCCAUCGAGUUUAUGAAGAGAUUGCUGAGCACUUCAGCAGCACGAGACAUACUCCAUGGCCACGCGUUGUGGAGUUCUUGAAAAGUUUGCCAUGUGGUUCGUUAGUGGCCGAUGUUGGGUGUGGAAACGGAAAGUAUCUUGGUGUCAAUAAGGAGUUAUAUAUGAUUGGUUGUGAUCGGAGCCAGAAACUAGUGGACAUCUGCAGAGAGCGGUGUUUCCAGGCCCUUGUCUGUGACGCGCUGGCAGUGCCCCUGUGCAGUGGGUCCUGUGACGCCUGCAUCUCCAUUGCUGUGAUUCACCAUUUUUCAACAGCAGAGCGUAGAGUGGCGGCUCUCCAAGAACUUGUUCGGCUCCUGAGACCUGGUGGGCAGGCACUUGUUUACGUCUGGGCAAUGGAACAAGAAUAUAAUAAGAAGAAAUCCAAGUAUCUUCGAGAAAAUAGAAUUAGCCAAGGAAAGGAAGAGGGGACCAGCAGUGAUACAGCCAUGCCAGAGUUGCUGGUGGAGCAGGUGCCUAAUGUAGGUAGUCGAGACUCCGAGUGCUGUGUCUCCUCCGUUACUGACCUCCCGGAGGGAGGGCAUAAGGCAAGGACAGUCACUAAUGCUAAGCUGCCUGUUCAUACGAAUAGGACCUCCUUUCCUUCUCAAGACUUGCUGGUUCCCUGGCACCAUCAGGGAAACCCUGGAGAAGGCAAGCCUGGGCAUCCAGCUGGAGCCCAUGACCCAGGCCCUGUGUUUCACCGAUACUACCACGUGUUCUGUGAGGGAGAGCUGGAAGCCGCCUGCCAGACUCUGAACAGUGUCAGCAUCCUGCAGAGCUACUAUGAUCAGGGCAACUGGUGUGUGAUUCUUCAAAAGGUCUGAUUGUCUCUGUGAACAUAGAUACAGGGAAGAAAUGCUCAGUUUGUUUUUUAAAAGGAGAUGAGAUUUACUGUCUUUUUCAUUAAAGAGAGAACUUGUGGAAAAGUGCCAAAGGAGACCGCCUGAGAGAAAUUUGGGAGUAGAGAUUAAUUAGGAUGCAUCCAGGCUGCUACUACGCUGACUUCCUUUUAUCCAUAAAAGUGGACUUCUCCUAAAUGAGGAGGAACGGGGAUGGUUUGUAAAAGUGAUUGAAGUAGUCUGUGACUAUUUGGGAUCCCGGAGUGAGAAUACAGUAUUUUGAAGAUAAACUUUUUUUGCUAUAAAUGUUACUAAUUGAACUAAAUCAUGUAGAGUCUUGGUGAUGUAAUCAUAUAACAUUUUAAUAAAGAAAAUAUUCUUGG